ACAGAGACACUCCAACUCUCGUCUGCUGGUCGAGCUUUGUGGCGGUGAUCGGAGAAAAGUGUUGAGAGUGUGUUAUCAGAGAAAGCACUAGUGCCCUUGUGUUGCAGGACAAGCGUGUGACGUUUGAACUGGGUUUGUGGCUGUGACGUCAGGAUGGUCAACGCACUGGUCACGGAGGACUAUGCCUGCAUCGGCGUGUACUUCUUUUUGGUCAUUGCUGUCAGUCUGUGGUCCACAUUUAGACCCAAUAAGGACAAUGCUGCAGGAUACUUCUUGGCCGGGAAAAACAUGCACUGGUUUCCCGUUGGAGCCUCCAUCUUCGUGAGCAAUGUGGGCGCCCCGAAGUUCAUCGGGCUCACGGGAACGGCUGCCGCUUCGGGGUUUGCCGUGGCUAUCUACGAAUGGCAUGCAGUUUACUUACUGAUUCUUCUGGCUUGGAUCUUUGUGCCUGUCUAUGUAGCCAGCGGGUCCUUCACAAUGCCGGAGUACCUGAAGAAACGAUUUGGUGGCGUACGUCUACGGGUCUACCUAUCCCUGGCCUCACUCUUUGUCUACGUCUUCACACGGAUUGCGGCGGAGAUGUAUGCCGGCGCCAUAUUUAUCCAGCUGCUGGUUGGCUGGAACCUGUACGCCUGUGUCGGGGUCAUUUUGGCAGUGACGGCAGUCAACACAGUGGCAGGCGGUCUGGCAGCAGUAUUGUACGUGGACACCUUACAGACAGGGAUUUUACUCAUAGGCGCUGCCAUAAUCUUCGGCAUCAGCAUGACGGAGGUGGGUGGCUGGACUGAGUUCAUCACACGUUAUGGAGUGGCGGCCUCGAACAUGACGCUCUCUAACCCCGCCAACCACUCUUGCGGUAUGCCCAGAGCAGACUUUCAACACAUAUGGAGAGACCCGGUGACGGGGGACAUCCCAUGGACGGGCGCAAUCUUUGGACUGACUCCGCUCGGCAUUUGGAACUGGUGUAAUGACCAGAUGAUGGUGCAGCGCUGCCUGUCCGCUAAGUCUAUGGGCCAUAGCAAGGCAGGCGCUGUCUUCGCAGCCGUUCUCAAGGUCACAGUCUUCUUCUUCUGGGUCAUCCCCGGAAUGGUCAGCAGAAUACUCUUCCCAGAUGAAGUGGCCUGCUCUGACCCUGUGACGUGCGAUCGUGUGUGUGGAAACGAGGCCGGCUGUUCCAACAUCGCUUACCCGCUCCUGGUGCUCCGGAAGAUGCCGCCAGGAGUCCGAGGUGUGAUGUUGGCAGCUUUCCUGUCCGCCAUCAUGAGCACGCUGACGUCAGUGUUCAACUCCGCCUCUUCCAUGUUCACCAUGGACAUCUGGAGGCGAUUCCGGAAGAGGGCGCCACAGGCCGAGCUCAUGAUUGUGGGCAGGGUGUGUGUGGUGGUGAUGAUUGCUACCAGCAUUGUAUGGAUUCCGAUAAUGCAGCAGGCCCAAGGGGGACAACUGUGGAAUUAUCUUCAAGCGAUCACAUCCUGCAUUACUCCCCCUUGGUGCUGGGUGUUCCUACUGGCUGUGUUCUGGAAAAGAGCCACAGAGCAGCUGCAUAAAGUCACGUGGUGGACACGUCACGACUCGGAAGACCCGGUCGAGUCGGACUCGGAAGAUGACUUCGGUAUAGAUGAAGAAGCCGGUAGCUUGCCAGAAAAGAAGACGAAGAUGGCGAGCCGCAACUUCUGUGUCCGCGCCUUCUAUUCCUGGCUGUGUGGGGUGAGCUUCAAGUCCAGACCUCGGCUCACGCCGCAGCAGAAGGCUCUCGUCAAACGGAAGAUGACGGACAUCCGGGAGGAGCCGGGCAUGCGCAGAGUGACGGCUGUGGCGGCCAUCAUUAUUUCUGUCUUUACUACCUUUCUUUUAGGGUUCUUCUAUUAAAAAGGUGCAUAGCUAGGUGGGAUUGUAUUUAAGUUGGACUCUAAAGUAAAAAGAUUUUCUUUGGAGUUUGUAACACGAGGUAAUUCGCUCCCAGGUGCUGAAGUAGCGUACUUCUCAUAGAGAGAUGCGAGUAGGCUACUGAGGUUUGAAUGUAUCUACCAUGAAAUACUUGUGCCGUGUUGUUAAAACGCUGAUUGACAUGGUUUUAAAAGUUAGGUUGGGGGGGUGGGGGGUAUAUAAUAAUCUCAAAGGCGAUGCAAAAAGCGUUGCAUUUUAAUGGUGACAAGGGUGACAACUUUUAUUCCAUGGAUGCAAUUAUUACAGGUACUACAAGGAGAAAGAAAUCGGAACCUCCGUUGAAAUUGUGCCUAGGUAUUUGGUGAAGGAAAUACGGUGUCGAUAGCAAUGGAAAUAUAACUUUGGCAAAUAGUCCACCAAGCUAAAGACAUACGCUUGAGGGCUUUAAAUUUGAAAGUGCUGCAAAAUACCAACGUUAUUAAUAUCCUACUGUUCACAAUGAAAUUAACGGAAAUCUCAAAAUUACUAUCUCUGUGAUGAGGCUUACUUUUUCGAACAGUUUUGUAAAUAACUUACGGUAAAAAGUUCCAGCCAGAAACAGGAAAAAAAACACCUUACAUACCCAACCAGGUGCGUCAGUUGGAAUAAAUUAUGAGAAAAUGGUUUUAAUUGAGGGCGGUGAAAGGAAUAGAACAGACAUAGAUAUACAUGGAUAUGAAAAUAACGAAUGCAGCUAAAACAACUGGAACCUGAACUGUUUCUAAACAUAAAUUAUAAUGCAAAGCUGGGAAUAUCAUAGAAAUAUAUGAGAGAGAAAAUGGUUUUGGGCAAUUGUGAAGCAAGAAAAUAACGAAUACAGCUAAAAACAAUCGGGAAAUUAAUUAGGUCUAAAUAUAAGUAUGGAAAA